AUGACGACACCUCAUGUUAUUGCAUCCUCGUCUGGUCACCAUUCACAAAGUGCCACAUCGAAUGGUAUCGUCGGAAACCACUUCCGUGUUGGCAAGAAAAUCGGUGAAGGUUCUUUCGGUGUUGUUUUUGAAGGAACCAAGUUACUCACCAAUCAACCUGUCGCCAUCAAAUUCGAACCAAGGAAGUCGGAUGCACCCCAGUUACGAGACGAGUUUCGUUCAUAUCGAACUUUGAACGGCACUGUCGGAGUUCCACAAGUGCACCACUUCGGUCAAGAAGGACUACAUAAUGUCCUCGUAAUUGAUCUCCUCGGUCCGAAUCUAGAAGACCUCUUCGAUAUGUGCGGCCGUAAAUUCACGAUCAAGACUGUUUGUAUGGCAGCAAAGCAGAUGAUCAGUCGCGUACAAUCAGUCCACGACAAGUCCCUAAUUUAUCGUGACAUUAAACCAGACAAUUUCUUAGUUGGUGUUCCCUCGACCAAGACAGCAAAUAUUAUCCAUAUCAUCGGUAUGUCCCCUUUCUUAUCUCGAUCUUUGCCUUCAUUGGUUGGAUUCCUUUUUAUGGGCUUUCUGGAGGUUCUUCCCUGGCAGGGUCUCCGGCCCGCAACCCACAAGCAGAAGUAUGAGAAGAUCGGGGAGAAGAAGCAGACCACUAUAAUCUCGGACCUGUGCGAGGGUUUUCCUGGGUAUGAGUUCUGCAUAUACAUGAACUACGUCCGGAAGCUUGGGUUCGAGGAAACUCCCGAUUACGAAUUUUUACGUGAACUAUUUGCAAAAGUUCUCAAAAAUAUCGGCGAGGUGGAUGAUGGAAUCUUUGAUUGGAUGCUGCUCAAUAACGGGAAAGGAUGGGAAGCAGGCAAUGUUAGU